AUGUCCUCCACGCCAAUGGUCAUUCUCGAGCCUGAAGGAUUGUACACUUCGACAGACAUUGAGCAGACGAUUCUCUCCCAAUCUCUCUCCAAUGCGCCAUUCGAGAUCUAUCAGGCGAAUCUCGGCGAGGACAAGCCGUAUAGUGACCUCCCACUCGAUCUCCGCCAGCGCGUCAGCGGAUUAUUCGUAUUCAGACACUGGAUGAGCAGAGAAGAUGUGUCUUUGUUUCCGAAUCUCAAAGUAGUCCUACGGAUGGGCGUCGGAUACGAUCGUCUCGACCGCGUCGCAUUGGACGAGCGCAGGGUGAUUGUUUGUAAUUGUCCAGACUAUGGGACGACAGAAGUCGCCGACCAUGCGAUUGCACUCGCACUUUCCCUUCGACGCGGUAUACUCUUGCACCACGAUCUUCAACGCCCAUUCACGAACCCAUCAUUUUCUUCCUCAUUCUGGGCUCAUAUUCACCAUCCACUCGUCCAACGACCCUCUGCGAACCGCACAUUCGGCAUCCUUGGUCUCGGACGUAUAGGAACGGCCACCGCCCUCCGUGCCAAAGCCUUUUGCUGGAGCUCAAUCAUUUUCUACGACCCAUACGUUCCAGCAGGAGUCGAACGCGCACUAGGCAUCCAACGUGUUCGAACGGCGGAAGAGUUGUUCGAAAGGAGCGAUACGUUGAGCGUACAUUGUCCACUCACACGCGAGACGAAAUACAUGGUCAACAAGAACCUAGUAUCUCGGAUGAAGGAUGGGAGCGUACUUGUCAACACCGCACGUGGACGCAUCGUCGACCUUGAUGCCCUCUACGAGAACCUCAAGAAUGGCAAGCUCGCUGGUGUUGGGCUAGACACACUCCCUGACGAGCCAAUGUUUGACGACAUUACCCAUCCGCUCGUCAAGGCGUACCGUGAUGGAGAAGAAUGGUUAAAAGGUCGAAUGGUCGUCACCCCGCAUGCCGGGUUCUAUUCACCAGAGAGUUGGGAGGAUAUUCGGACUCUGAGCUGCGAAACAAUGAGGGAUGUGCUAUUGGAUGGAACGAUGCGGAACGUUAUCAAGGUCACGGACGAGUAA